CAAAUUUGUAAACACGAUCGCCUCGUCGUCGCUUUGAGCUGAAUUUUUUUUCUGUUUCUAAGGAGGUUUUUAUUGGACAGACACUUUGGGGGCGGAUCACACCAAGCAUGGAUGUCGGGGAGAUUUUAAAUUUCAAGCCUGAGAUGGCCGUAAAGCGUGCAGCAGAAGAAGAAGACGACGAGAAGGACCGGCCGGGCAAGAAACGAGGUCGACUGGAGUCAAGGGGUCUAGGGCCCCAGCCCCCCUCCUCCCACCUGGGCAGCUUAGGGGUUGUGGCCUCAGCUCGGACGCGGCAGAUUGUGGAGGAGAAAUUGAUGGAGUACGAAGAACAGGAAAACUCUGAGCUGACAGAUGGUCCCCUGAAUGAGUCAUUGCUCAAGAAAAUGAUUUUGAGCUUUGAGAAACGUGUACUGAAAAAUCAGGAAUUGCGAAUCAAGUUUCCUGAUGAUCCUCGCAAAUUCAUGGAAUCGGAGAUAGAGCUGAAUGAUGCGGUUGAGGAGCUGCACGUGGUGGCCACUGUGCCUGAGCUGUACCCUGUGCUGGUGGAGCUGGGCACUGUCAAAAGCCUGCUCUCCCUCCUCAGCCACGACAACACCGACAUUGCCAUCGCCACAGUUGACCUCCUGCAGGAAAUGACCGAGCUGGAGGACAUACAGGAGGAGGAGGGUGCUGAGGCCCUGAUUGAUGCUCUGCUGGAGGGCCAGGUGGUCACCACUCUUGUCCACAACUUGCAGCGGAUGGAUGAGUCCAACAAGGCAGAAGCAGAUGGAGUUCACAAUAGUCUGGGGAUAAUUGAGAACCUAGCAGAGGUGCGCGUGCAGGUGUGUCGAGAUGCUGGUCCUGGGGGUUUGCUGGCAUGGCUCCUGAAGCGGCUGAGGGCAAAACUGCCGUUUGAUGCCAACAAGCUUUACAGCUCAGAGAUCCUGGCCAUUUGUAUGCAGAACCACGAAGAGAACAGGCGUCUUCUUGGCGAAAUGGACGGGAUUGAUGUGCUCCUUCAGCAGCUUGCCGUUUACAAGCGACACGACCCAUCCACCAAUGAGGAGCAAGAGAUGAUGGAGAACCUGUUUGACACCCUCUGCUCCUGCCUCAUGUUCACACCCAACAGAGACCUCUUCUUGAGGGGGGAGGGUCUACAGCUUAUGAACCUCAUGCUGAGAGAGAAGAAGCUCUCCCGCAACGGAGCCUUGAGAGUGCUUGACCACGCGCUUACAGGUCAGGAAGGUGCCGACAACUGUAACAAAUUUGUGGAGAUCCUAGGUCUACGGACAAUCUUCCCUCUCUUCAUGAAGACUCCGGGCAAGCAUGGCAAGAAGGGCCUCACUAAGGACCAGCAUGAGGAGCAUGUCAUCUCAAUCAUCACAUCUCUGCUCCGCAACUGCCGGCCCAACCAGAGAACACGCCUCAUCAACAAAUUUACAGAGAAUGACCAUGAAAAGGUGGACAGGCUGCUGGAGUUACACUUCAAAUACCUGGAGAAGGUCCUAGCCACCAACCUUGAAGAACAGGCCAAGGCAGAGAAUCUGGACGAAGAUGAGCUGUACCUGCGAAGGCUGGAUGGUGGCCUGUUCACGCUACAGCUGGUCGACUACAUA